CUUAAAAAGCGUGGCAACCCGAUCCGGCCUUAAAUGCAGCUUUCCCGGGAAAGUAAAGCUUGCAAACCCCAACCACCCCCGCUAAGGUUUGGCCUGAUCCGGUCUGCAACCCCUCCUCCUGUCCCAGAGUGAUGGAGAGAGAAAGUAUUGCUGGAAAGGGUUAAACUCAGAUUCCUGGAGGAACUGGGAAAUUUGAGAAGGGAGGUGGAACUGGAAGUGGUGUAAUAGUUCUCACUCUCUUGCUCCCUCCCCUUCUCUUUCCUGCUUUGUUGAGAGGGACGGAUGCCUGCUUUUGAAUGGCUGCGAGAGAGAGGGACCGGUCCCACUUGCCGUUCAGAAAGACACCCAGGGGUACCGUCAGAGACAGUCUCUGCAAAAUGCUGUAGGGUCUCCUCCUUGAACAGAACCUGUCUGUAUAGCCACAGGCCCGAAACAAAAAUUUGACAUUACGAGUGUGGGAUAUUUGUCCCAAUCCCCCCCACACAGAGGACACCAAAAAUCCAAGAUGGAGGAGAGGUUAGAACCCGCAGGCCAAGCACCACCGCAUGUUGUCACGAUGGCAUGCCUGAAGGAGUUACCGGGCCAGGCAGUGCUGCAAAAUGGCAAGCAGCAGCUUGAGGAUGGGCUACCCCAGGAAUGGGCAACCCAGUGUCAGGAGUUCCUGAAGGCCCUGGACUCUCAUCGCCUAGGAUGGGGAAGCCCACCACGGUCAAAGCUUGGGCCGUGGGACGAUGCCAAGGCCUUUCUGGCUUCCUUUGAGCAAGUGGCUGAAGCUUGCCAAUGGCCUCGAGAAGAGUGGGCGGCGCGUCUCCUGCCUGCUCUCAGCGGAGAAGCCAAGCAGGCCUUUAGCGGCCUAGAAGCUGCCGAGAGGGAGGACUACGGGAAGGUGAAGGCGGCCAUCUUGCGAGGGGAAGCCAGCAGAAUGGAGGCGCUGCGGCAGCACUUCAGGCAGUUCCGCUACCAAGAAGUCGAGGACCCGCGAAGGGUCUAUGGGCAGCUCCAGGAGCUCUGCCACCAGUGGCUGAAGCCGGAGAGGCGUAGCAAGGAGCAGAUCCUGGAGCUGCUGAUCCUGGAGCAGUUCCUGGCCAUCUUGCCCCAGGAAAUGCAGAGUAGGAUCAGGGCCUGGGACCCGGAGACCAGCACCCAGACGGUGGCAGAGGAGUUCCUGAUGAGGAGUUCUCAAGAGGCCAAGGCUUGGAAAUGGCAGAUGCCGGUGGAGAAAGUGCCCACGGGCCCCUCAGAAGCCAAGGGGGCACAUCGGAGGCAAAUCUACAUAGAGGCCAAUGAGAAAGCAGACAAAGACCUCUGUUUGCUGGCCAGCGGAAUAAUGUCCCCAAGUCAUCCCAGUCCGGUGCUUCCUCCCGAAGAACAAGAAAUAGUUGACACUGAACUUUCUGAGGGAAGUGUGAAUUUAAACGAGGUGACUGUGGCUUUGGGCAGUGCUGAGUGGGCUGUGCUGAACACCAGUCAAGGAACCAUGCAUUGGGAAGUCAUGCAGGAGGACUCUGAGGACAUCAGCUCUCUAGGAGGGUUUGUGAUUCCCAAACCGGAGGCUGUAUCCCAAAUGGAAAAAGGAGACAUGGGUUUCAUCCAGGACUCUGAGGAUGGCGAAGUAUUUGCAGAAAGCAUCUCAGAUGAUGAAGUUCAAAUCAAGAAGGAGAGUCCCCCACAAGGAGGCAGAGAGCCAGAUGAAAUAUACAGCAUGUCGCUGGAAAUAUCCCAAGGGAAGGCUUCUCUGGUGGCCGAAAUUCACGAACACGGAUGCGAAUCUGAUGAGCGAUGUGGGGCGAAGCCUACGGAGGGAUGGGGUGCACUAAACGAGGUGGCAGAAAGUCACAGGGCAGUAAAGGAAACCUUGAGACAUGCACGGGUGAAUAAAUUUCUGUACUCGAAGGGCGGGAAAUGGUACCGAUGCAAAUCUGGACUGGUUGCAAACCAGAGUGUCCACUCCGCAGCCAUGCCUUACGAGUGCCUCACGUGCGGGAAGCGUUUCCAGAAGAAGAAUUACCUGGCGAAACACCAGAGGAUCCACGCGAGGCCCAAAGUGUACCAGUGCUCCGAGUGCGGGCAGAGCUUCAACGGGCGAGAAGGGUUCAUCCGGCACCGAGGAACACACACAGGGGAGAAGCCACACGAGUGCCCUCAGUGCGGGAAGUGCUUCAGCCAGAGGGAGAGCCUGAUCAGACACGAGAAGAUCCACACGGGGAAGAAGCCGUACGAGUGUCCUGAGUGCGAGAAGAAGUUCUGCCGGAGGGACUCGCUAGUAAGGCACCAGAAGAUCCACACAGGGGAGAAGCCGUAUGAGUGUCCUGUGUGUGGGAAGAGCUUCAACCAGAAAGAGGUGCUACUCAGGCACCAGAGGAUCCACACAGGAGAGAAGCCAUACGGGUGCCAGGCCUGCGGGGAAAGCUUCACCCAGAACUUCAAACUUGUUAGACACCACAGAAUCCACACGGGAGAGAAACCAUACAAGUGCUUGGAUUGCGGCAAGAGUUUUGACCAGAAAGGAAACCUUAUUGCUCAUGUGAGGAUCCACACAGGAGAAAAGCCAUAUGUGUGCUCCGAUUGUGGGAAAAGCUUCAGCCACAAAGGCAGCCUUGUUUUGCAUGUGAGAAUCCACACUGGGGAGAAACCCUACAAAUGCCCUGAUUGCGGGAAAUGCUUCAGCCGUUUAGGUUCCCUGAAAGAGCAUGAGAAGACUCACACAGGAGAAAGACCAUACGCCUGCUUAGACUGUGGGAGGAGCUUCAGAAAAAUAUCUGAGCUCACAACCCACCACAGGUUCCAUACGGGAGAGAAGCCAUACAAAUGCUUGGGCUGUGAGAGAUCCUUCAGUACGAGCUCCAAUCUCAUUGCCCAUCAAAGGACCCACACAGGAGAGAAACCUUAUAAAUGCUCAGAUUGCGGGAAAAGGUUCAGCCAGGCUGGGAACCUUAAAGAACACGAGAGAACCCACACUGGAGAGAAGCCAUAUAAAUGCCCAAACUGUGGGAAAAGCUUCAGGCAGAUCUCUUACUUUAUUAAGCACCACCAAACCCACCUUGCAGAUGAGGGGAUGCAUGUGGAAGAGAAACCAUAUAAAUGCUCUGAUUGUGGAAAAGGUUUUGGUGAGAAAGCGAGCCUCGGCAGACACCAGAGAAUCCACACUGGAGAGAAGCCCUUUAAAUGCUCAGACUGUGGGAAAAGCUUCUGCCUGAAAUCAAAUCUUGUUGUCCACUUGAGAAUCCACACUGGUGAGAAGCCAUAUAAAUGCUCCGAGUGUGGGAAGAGCUUCAACCAGACGUCAAGUCUUCACAAUCACGAGAGAACCCACAAAGGGCAGGAACCAUAUAAAUGUUUAGAGUGUGGGAAAAGCUUCAACAGACCUUCACAACUUAAAGCACAUGAGAGAAUCCACAUUGGAGAGAAACCAUAUCGGUGUUCACUGUGUGGGAAAGGCUUUAUUUACAACCACCACCUUGUGAGACACCAGAGAAAUCAUGCAGCAGAGAAACCUUAUAAAUGCCCAGGUUGUGGGAAAGAAUUCAGCCUCAGAUCGACCCUUAUUAAACAUCAAAGAAUCCACAUGGAAGGGACACAAUUAAAAAAUAUGUAAGGCACGCUUUGAGCAUACAGUACUAAACA